AUCAAUUGAAUAACAGCCGUUCAAUCCUUUGAAAUAAACAUUUCUCAGUGGAAAAACAUUAUCUCCAAGUCCUGUUGUUGUUGCCGACUGUUUAAUGGCCUUCUCUGAGUUAAACUAAUAACCAAUCGUUUGCCUUGGAAGUUUAAUUCAUGAUUACAUAAGAGACAAUCAACGAUAUAAAUGAACUUCAUCUACCAAGGCCAAUAUCAUUUCAACUUUAAACACAAGACGCUCAAGUUGACAGACAAUUCUUUAUAAUCAAGUCUCUGAGUAAAUUCAUUCAUAUUUCAAUCAAUCCAUUUCAAUCCUAAAUGCUCAAAGUUCAAUCUGUUUAAUUCAAUUUCAGUCUAAACAUGGUUGGUAAAAUGAUCAUUUUAUUGUUUACAUCUUUUUGUUGUCUUACACUUGCUGCUGCUCAAGGUAAGGCUAAAGGUGAAGAUAUAUUUCAAAAUUCAACAGAAUCUUGUGAGCAGAUAUUCAAUGAAACGGCUAGUCUGGUUGAACCCAUUUUACUGGUUGGAAGUAAAAGCUUUCCAAUUACUAUUCCUGAGAUUGAUGCUCAUUGCAAACUUGGAAACGAUGUUUACAAAAGAGCCAGAAAGUAUGGUAAAUGCUUACAAGGUUUGGCUCGUCAGACCUUGCAAAUUUAUCUCCAUGGCCUCAGGAGAUUCAUCCGAAGUAUCUGUCAGUCAACAGCUAAAAAACAAGAUGCCAUCAAUGAUUUGAAAUGUGCCACUGACGGAACCCUUGAAGGAUGGAAUAUGUGUCUUGAUGCCACAAAUCGACAAUUGGAUUUUGUAUCCGAUAAUUCAACCUCGGUAGGUGUUGUAGGCGAUGUUUGCUGCAUCUAUUCCUCAUUAUUGAACUGUAUUGACCAAAGGACUGGUACCAAAUCUGAUUGUACACCAAAAGGAGAUACUACUAAAUUUUUCAAAACCUCGAUUGCUCUGGUCUUGAAGGAAGUUAUCGAACUGAUUUGUUCUCGGUACGCAACUGAACAGGAGUGUGCAGCAAAUAAUCCCGAUGGACUUGUUCGAAUCAAGUUAGCUGCUGAGACAAAUAGAACUGUCGAUGGCGCUUAUCUACUUAGUCCGUUGCUCAAAAUUGUAAACAAAUUGAGCGAUGACUCGGAUGUUUGAAUUUUGAUUCCCGCAAAUUGCCUCUUUUAUCCUACCUUCAAUUUUAAUGACUUAACCAGUUGAGACUCUAAUUUAGAGUCGUUACGUAUAUAAAUACAUGUAACUAAACUCAUCCAACCAAUUUUAAGUCAUUUCCAUCAAUAUUAAGUGAUUUAUUAAAGCUAUUAUAUUACUAUGCUGCAUAUAAUACAUGUACAAAAAUCUAUCCAAAGCAAUGUCUCAUCAAUAAAUCUCGGUCUUUCAAUUUU